AUGUCGGUUCACACCUUUGAGGAACGAUAUGGACAUGGCCAUAUACGGCGUCACUCGUCCGUGCUCAGCGAGAAGACUCCCCCUCUAUCGCCACGACGCAAGCCUCUCCGCAGCCAGAGCACCCGGGUCAGCAACGGCACCAUCAACACAGACCUGAGUGUCUCCUCAGGGCAGGCCUCGCAGCUCUCGCAUGGCACCACCGUCACGGUGCCCCCCUCCUACUCGAAGAAGUUUGUCGUCGUGGGAGACGGUGGAUGCGGCAAGACCUGUCUAUUGAUCAGUUAUUCCCAGGGAUACUUUCCAGAGAAAUAUGUACCUACGGUGUUUGAAAACUACAUCUCCCACACCAUACAUAAGCCGUCAGGGAAGGGAGUCGAGCUGGCCCUGUGGGACACAGCAGGGCAGGAGGAAUACGACCGACUACGCCCUCUAUCCUACCCAGAGACAGACCUGCUCUUCGUCUGUUUUGCCAUUGACUGCCCCGUCUCGCUGGAAAACGUCAUGGAUAAGUGGUACCCCGAAGUCAUCCAUUUCUGCCCAACCACCCCCCUCAUCCUCGUGGGCCUUAAAUCAGACCUACGCACAAACCGUACCUGCAUCGACUUCCUCAAGGCCCAGGGUCUCACCCCCGUCACCCCACAGCAGGGCCAGGCCGUCGCCGAGCGCAUGGGCGCCACGUACGUCGAGUGCAGCAGCAAGCAGAUGCUGGGUGUCGACGAGGUGUUUGAACUCGCCGUCAACACCGUCAUCGGCGUCGAGGAGAGCGUCUGGAACCCAAAGGACUCGUCUCGGCCAAAGGGUGGCAAGAAGGUGAAGAAGAGAAGCUGCAAGCUCCUCUGA